AUGCAAUUCUCUUACCUUGCUCCUUUGGCUCUCGCCGCUGUUGCCGCAGCUGACUACACCAACUCAACUGAUGUUACCACUAUCGUCACUGAGUUCACCACUUACUGCCCAGAGGCUACCACAUUUGCUGUGAACAACAAGACAUACACUGUCACUGGUAAGACAACUUUGACUAUCACUGACUGCCCAUGCACUAUUCACCCAGCUACAUCAACUCCAUCUAAGAGCACACUUGCCACCUCUUCUGCUACCUCUUCCGAGGCUAACACUUUGUCAACUGCCACUGGUGCUGCUGCAAAGGCUGGCGUUGCUGGUUUGGCCGCUCUUGCUGGUGCCGCUGCUUACUUGUUGUAA